CCCAGUGUGACUGUCCUCUCUGGCGGAACCUGACCAACCAUGGUGAAUUUGGGCCUGUCCCGAGUGGAUGACGCAGUGGCCGCCAAGCACCCGGGGCUCGAGGAAUAUGCCGCGUGCCAGUCGAACGCCUUCAUGAAGGGCGUUUUCACCUUUGUCACAGGCACUGGUGUGACUUUCGGCUUGCAGCUGUUCAUUAAGCGGAAGUUUGCAUACCCUGUGCAGUGGAGCUUGCUGGUGUCUGCUAUUGUAGGAUCUGUGGCCAGCUACAAAGUGACAAAAACGGAGUCUCAGAAAUGCAGAGAUCUCUGGAUCUUCCUGGAGACAGGUCAACUCCCCAAAGACAUGAACACAGAUCAUCACAACUAGAUGAGCUCUGGCUGCUUAGGGUGUGGAGGAUCUGAAGAGGCGAAUCCUGGAAUACAGACUGCAACACUAACUCCAGGCUGGUCCUUCCUACCUCGCCAAACACACACACACACACACACACGCUCUUGAGUAUCACCUGUCCCCCACACGUGUGUUUAGGCAGGCCUGCCUGACAACCAGUUCUAGGACUCGCCCAGGAGUUUAGCUCAGAAAAGGGCUUGGAA